CGAAACCUUCGAAAUAAGAGCACAAUGUUUUCCGCGCUUUUUACCGCCACAGACACAGCUAGCUCUAGCUCCACACACCGCCCGCUCCUAUUGGACACCGACGGGCUGCAGUCGCGUCUGUGGCGGCUCGUAUAGCACACACAGCGUCCGUACGUCUGUGCCCCACCACCGACAACCAUCACAAGUCGCUUUUAAGCCGUCUACGACACCGCUGUUAGCAUUAGCAUGUCCGUGAGGCCCGCUCAGGAAGCAGGCGGGAGCUUUUAUUUUCCAAACCCAGCUCACCUGUCAGGGCUGCUGGAUCAGAGAAAGAAAUGUGUUCAGAAGUGUUUGUGUGGGUUGUUUGAGGUUGUUCACACUGUGGUUGUGUCCCCUCUUUCAUUCACAGCUGUCUCCAACAGAGAAAGCUGCGAUACAGAGAGUUAGAGAGGAGCUGGAGCGGACACACUACUGAGAGAAACUCUGACAUUGGAUUUUUUUUUUAACCAGCUGCAGAGAUGGCCCACGUCACCAAUCACGGGAAGCUGCUCUUACAGCGUUUACACCAACAGCGGGAGAUGGACUUCCUGUGUGAUAUAACCAUAAUGGUGAGGGACGUGGAGUUCAGAGCCCACCGCAACAUCCUGGCUGCGUUCAGCAAGUACUUCUCCUCCCGGGCGGAAAAGGGUCAAGAGGUCACAACCUUGGACCCCGAUAAGGUCAGCCGGUACGCUCUGGAGAAGCUUUUAGAGUUUAUUUACACCGGACAGAUGAACGUCAGCAGUACCAGACAAGCGGCUGUGCGUCGAGCGGCGGUGUUCCUGGGAAUGUCCGAGGCCACAAAGUAUCUGGAGGAACUCCCUCACUGGUCCGAGCCGAGCGAAACGUCCCAGUCGGAGGCGGAUAAAGAAGCCGGUCUCUCCCCUCCCAGUCCGGCCUCCCCCGGCAGCCCCAGCUCACCCGUUCCCCUGUCCAUCGUCUCCGUCGCGGGGGACUGGCAAGACGAGGGGAAGGACGGCAAAGAGCAGAGUGAUGUGGUCAAAGACGUAGACGUGGAAGAGGGAGACAAAAGUGAUGAUGAGUACACCCCCACUACGCCGAAGAGCGUCGGAAGAGGACAGGGGAGGAAGAGAGGCAGGCCUAAGAGUUUUAGUAGCGAGCAGGCGGAGGCGAGCAGCUCGGCGGAGGCCGCUCCAAAGACCCAGGGCUACAGGGGGAGGGGGAGAGGCAGAGGGAGGGGGAGAGGCAGGGGGAGAGGGAGAGCUGGUUUGACGAGUGAAGAUCUGUCUUUGGAGGAUUCGGACACCAGCGUGAAGGACAUCGGGGACACCUCCGCGGACUGGAGCCCCUCGCACGACGACGACGACGUCCCGGUCAAGAUCCCUCGCCUGAGCAGCGGAGAGGGGAGGAGAGGACGAGGCCGGGGGAGGGGGAGAGGCCGAGGGAGAGGGAGGGGACGAGGCAGGAGGAAGGUGGUGGUGGUGGAGGAGGAGGAGGAGGAGGAGGCGGAGGAGAGCGGCUGGGCGGGGACGGACGAGGACAAGGACGAGGACGAGGAAGAGGAGGGUGAAGUCGGGGAACAGGACCUGUCGGAGAUGGGCGAGCUGUCGCUGUCGUGCACCGAGUGCAACAAACAGUUUAAAGACGCGAGCAGCCUCCACCGACACGAGAAGAUCCACAAGGGCCUGAAACCCUUCGUCUGCAUCUUCUGCUCUAAAAACUUCAGACAAGCUACUCAGCUGAAAACUCACCUGCGCAUACACACAGGCGAGAAGCCGUUCAGUUGCUCCGACUGCGACAAAUGUUUUGCUCAGAAGUGUCAGCUGGUCGCUCACCGCCGGAUGCACCACGGGGAGGAGAAGCCUUACACCUGUGAGCGCUGCGGGUUCAAGUUCGCUACCUCGUCCAACUAUAAAAUACACAUCAGACUGCACAGCGGGGAGAAACCGUACGUCUGUGACAUCUGCGGUCAGGCGUUCGCUCAGUCCAGCACGUUGACCUAUCACAAGCGGCGGCACACCGGAGAGAAACCCUACCAGUGUGACCUGUGCGGCAUGUCGUUCUCCGUCUCGUCUUCUCUCAUCGCUCACGCGCGGAAACACACAGGUGAGACGCCGUACAAAUGUUCACAACCGCAGUGCGACUCGAGUUUUGUGACGUCGUCCGAACUGAAGAAACACAUGAGACGACUUCACCCAGAGGGGAACACCGGUGUGCAGUGUCUGCUGUGUGGAAACAGGUUCGCCAGCGUGAAGAACAUGAUCAAACACCAGGAGAAGGCUCACGCUGACGAAGUGCGACAACACAAGGAGAGAGCCCGAGCAGUCGUCCUCCUGGCCUCCAGUCAUCCUGUGGCGUUUGUCCAGAGCAAACUCUCCCAAGAAAACAAAGGUAUGGAUUCCAUCCCCGAAGGCGAGCCACCCAAUCCUGAACCCACCACCCCAAACCCCAAAGCCACAGCGCCAUCCGGUGACGACGACGCCGCCGCUGACGCCGCCGCCACCGACACCGACACCAUCAUCCAGGACUUCAAGGCGGAGUCCGCUCGCCCCUCUAUCAACGCCGCCGACCAGGUGACCUUCGAACCGGACCAGGAGCAGACCAUCAACUCGGACACCCUCCACGCUCUGGUGGAGCAGCUGCGGCCGCCGCCGUCCCCCGCCCAGAGCCCGGAGAAGAUGAUGAUCUCGAAGUACACGGACCACAUCGACAACGUUUCCGAGCCGUCCCCCGCCCAGAGCCUGGAGCAGAUCGUCAUCAUCAGGACGGUGGACAACGCCGAACACAACCCUCCUCCGCAGUGAGCGCCGAGCCGCACCGGCGUCUCUCUGCUGGAACACUUUUAACACACUCAGUCAUUAUAUCCCCGUAAACAACAGACGCCAACGCAACUUCGUAGCUUUGUUUAUUAUUUAUAUCAGUAAUUCUAACAUUAACAGCAACUUAAUGAAGCUUAUAGCUGAGCGAGCGGGUCACAUGAUCAGAUAUAAACGAACCUCCAGGUUGGACAAACUUAUCGGGGAAAGUAAAGUAAAGUAGUAAACAUCCUCCAUCGGUGUAACGUAGCGUACACACAGCGUUCCCCGCACAGUGACGGAUUAUUACCGUGUGCUCACGUUCAGUUUGACCUCCAAAUAAAGGGGUUCCGAUCUGAUGGCUCGAUGUUUUAUGUGCUUUGAGUUAGUCUGAUGUUAUUUUAUUUGUAAGAGUGAAGCUGAAAACUACAAAAAUAAGAUCAGAGUUGUAAAAAAAAAAGUGAUUUCCUGAGUUCCCUUUAGAGGAUUCAGAGUUUUACAUACAACAGGAAGGAAAGAGAGUUUGUGAAACCAGAAAAUAUCCGAAGCUGAACACAUUUAAUCCGUUUCAGUGUUUAGGAAGGAAGUGAUUCUCGUCGCUCGAACACAAACCUCAAACAUCGGAGUCAAAUAUAUAAACAACAGUGAGGAUUUCUAUUUAAAAAAAGACACUUUUUAAUCAGUUUUUGGUCUAAUUUACUAACUGAUCCAGAGGCAGAGGUUCAGAUUGAAUACAGACUCUCAUCAGUGUCAUAAAACCUGCUGCUCCGGUUUUGAGUUAACGUUCAUUAAUGGAGGGACGCAGCGUCCCCGAUGCAUAAAGUCGUCUGAUUUACCACAAAGUGUUGGCUUCAUUCUCUCAGCAGGAGCCUUUUUUUUUGUUAUUUUUCUACAAUAAAUGAGUUAAAUUGAGGGAUUUACAUUGUCAGGGGGGCUAAAAGUCAGCUUGGUGCAUCCUUAACUUCACAGCUGUAGACAGAUGUGAACCAGAGGAGGUUUUUAAAUCCAGCUUCUACUAAAAAUGACUGUUUGUAUCAUCACUAACGUCCGAUUUAAAUCUCCUCUCUGUGUCUGGAGUUCCUUUUCUUUCUCUGUUUGGAUGAAUAAUCAAUGUAAAGAAGUUGAUCAGACCUGAAUGUUGAUCAGAAAUAUAUAUAUAUAUAUUUAUAUAUAUAUAUAUAUAUAUAUAAAACCAGACCGCCAGUACGACUUAUGUUGUUUUAAUUAGUUAUGUAGUCAGUAGGAGUUGUUAUCGCCAUGAGAUCUGAUUUUAUUUAUCAUAAAUGUUUCCCCCCUUCAGUGUUUGACAUGUGAUGGCGGCUUUAUUAAUGUACACAAGGCCCUGUCGAUGCUCACCGAGGUUUUUUGUUUCAGUGUAAAAUAGUUCAUUUGUUUUUUAAAAAGCAGCUGUUUUAGGUCUUAGCAGAAGUGUUCGUGCUUCAGGUUUGAAAACUGCGUUAUUUACAGUAUUUCUAUCGACUCGAAAAGAGAGAAGAAGUUUGUUUUUGUUUUAUGAUUUAAUUUUUUCAUUUUGGAUAUAAUGUCUGCGUUAUUUGUACAGAAAUGUGAAUUACAUACAUAUAGAAGUUCACUACUGUAUAAAAGCUGUACACCAGGAAAAUAAAAUUAAAAAUGAGACAAAAA